CGUCAGCGAGGUCCUGUGUGAAAACAAAGGCAGCUCGGACGCUUGUCAGGGACGAGAUGCUGUAGCCUGACAUUGUCUGCAGGAAGCUCGUGUUUAUAAUAUGUGGAGGAUGGACUGCCGGCUGCUUCUGCCUGCGAUAUGCGCCGCUUGUUUCAUGGGCAUGGUGGUCAGCCAGACCACACUUAUUCCUGCUGUGACGGACACCACUCUGAUGGAGAAUGUGACCUCUCUGACUGUAACUCCCGUGAUUCUCAGCAGCACGACCCCGGGCUGCACAGCAUUCAACACUUCUACUUGUGAGCCCUGUGCACCAGGAUCGCAGUACGACAACAAUACUUUGCUGUGUACAUGCUGCUCUGACCCUGGGCUGUGUCUAUUUCCUGGAGCCUGCCUGCCUUGCACCACAGGUUUCUAUCAGCCGCUAGCAGGACAGCAGCAGUGUCUGCCCUGCAGCCGGGGCUUCUACACAAAUUUCACUGGAAGUCCAUUAUGUCACCCCUGCCCUGCUGGAUCCUUCAACAAUAACACCGGUUCAGCUUCUUGCACAAGUUGUUCGCCAGGUUCCUUUUCAUUGCAGCAGAGCGCCACUUCAUGUGCACCAUGUGCAUUAGGAACUUUUUGCAACUCCUCUGGUUGUAGUCAGUGCCAGACAUGUCCUGGAGGAACAGAGGCUCUACAGACCGCUGCAAAAGACUGCACACCGUGUCGGCCAGGCAUGCACAAGGCUCCCCAUCAAACAACAUGUCAAAUCUGCGGCAGUGGCUUCUUCCAGAUCCACUGGGGUCAGGAGAGCUGUGAUUUAUGCCCCGAAAAUCACUACUGCCCCAGCCCAGAUGUGAACCCCAUUCAGUGUCCCGGCGAUGCUUUUUGUCCAGAGGGCAGCUUGUCUCCGAGCUACUGCAUGGAGACUUUCUUCCGCAAAGAAGGGGACACUUGUGAAUUGGCUCCUGUCACUAUUGCUCUUUUGGUCAUUGGAGGAGGAGUGGCCCUACUCUUCAUCAUUUUAAUGGUCCUACGUCGACGGAGAGACACUGACGGAGAGCUGACUGUAGCCCGAGCUCCAUUACUACGCAAAGAGCGACCUCAAGGCCGAUACUAUGGGAUCCCCUGUGAUGCAGAACCUGUAUAUGCUGGCUGGUGAACUAAAGGACCUCAGCUCAGCUUUCCCGCGUGCUUGGUAGGACGAAAACAACUGAGGUCUUUUCUCCCGAUGAGUCCAAACUAAAGACAAAGCACUGAUAGAGGAAGACUGAUGGUAAAACUCCGGACUGGUACUUUGACAAUCCAUCAGUUUUUUUAAUGUGGUACAUUUGAAUAAAUUCUCGAGAAACAUUUUUUUUUUAAAUUCUUGUAGUUUGACACUGUUACAGUUAUUCUACUCAGAGACCAACACACUCCUUUUGUAAACGAGAUUAUUGGAUUAUGAGAGGUAUGCUGGAACGCUGGAAAUGAAAUGCGUGCCUUAACUUGGUGAGAAACUCUCUCUCUUCUGAAAAGCACUUUUUUUUUCCAGAGGUAAUUGAUUUACUUUGCACUUAUGUGUUGUAGACUUGUGGAUGCCUCUGUUAACUCAUGCAUUUCCACAGAGGUGUAAAAUGCGGUUGGUUGGUUGCGUUUUUUUUAUGCAUUUGAUUACAGCACAUCGUGUCAUCUGUCGUUACAUUGAUGCCUUUGCUCAGUGUUUUUCAUCUGCUUUUUUAAAGGUUAUAUUUGUAUGUUUUAAAGAAAAAUUAAAGAUUAAUUAUUUGA